AUGUCUAUCUCAUCCUCCCCAGAGGACUACUCUAACUUCAUCUCGGACCGCUCAACAUGGGACAUCAUCUCUAGCUGUCUUCUUACGUUGCUCGCAUGCGUAUACACCGCCGUUCACCCGAACAUCCCAAGUCCAGACGACGAGCAGCUAUGCGUGUUUGUGCGUCAAGCUGGUAUCAUGACUUUGGCCAUGAUCGCGCCAGAACUCAUAGUUGUAUGGGCGAUACGACAAUGGGUUAGUGCGUAUUGGCUCACAGAACAGAUCCGGAUCAUGCAGGCCAUGGACGAAUCGUGGACACUUACACAUAGCUUCUUUGCUUUCAUGGGCGGAUUCAUGGUCUACCACGACGGAAAACCGUACGCAACUAUCACUCCAUACAUCCUCCUUCGGGAGAUAGCAAAUGGCACUAUCAAGCUCCCAAAUCUCACUGAAGACGAAGUCAAGGACUGCAGCAAAGGGGAUUGGAUAUCAAAAGGCCUCGUACUAAUUCAAGUUGGAUGGUUUAUCACCCAACUCAUCUCCAGAACCGUCUACCAUCUCGAAUCGUCGCAGCUCGAAAUCGCAACAUUCGCGUAUUCGAUCCUAUGCCUCUUCACCUACGCUUUCUGGUGGCGCAAGCCCCUGAAUGUGCAAUGUCCUCGCCGGAUUGAUUGGACUCACCCCAGCGAGCCUCCGGACGACCUUUGCGAGCAGUACGUGUUUAUUCGUACAUUCGCUUUUAGCAGGGCUGUCGGUAAUUAA